ACUUGCUUACUUGAAUUAUAGUGACUACACGAUUCAAAAAGGUAUCGAUAGAUAGAAACACGAGAUAGAUGUUAGAGUCGUUAUCGUUGACGAUCUACUCAUUAUUUCGUUUCAGAUAUUGGAACGAGAGUCAUACUACUUGGCGAUUCUCGUAUGUGGUAUGUAUCCAGCAUUGUAAGAAGAAAACAUUGUUUUGGAUCUGUGUGCAGGAAAACCUCGUCACUGUAUAGAAAUGACGUCCCGCCUGGAAAAAGAACGUUCCAAGCAAAUACAAGAGAAAUGUCAAAAUCUUUUGAUACAAAUGCUACGUGAUGAGGAUAAUAAGUAUUGUGUCGACUGCGAUGCAAAAGGACCAAGAUGGGCUAGUUGGAAUCUAGGUAUAUUCUUGUGUAUUCGUUGUGCUGGAAUACAUAGAAAUCUUGGAGUUCAUAUAAGUAAAGUAAAAUCUGUUAACUUAGAUACAUGGACACCAGAACAAGUAGUGAGUUUACAACAAAUGGGUAACUCCCGUGCAAGAGCAGUUUAUGAAGCAAAUCUUCCAGAUAGUUUUCGAAGACCUCAAACAGUUUGUAGUCUUGAAAGUUUUAUUCGUGCAAAGUAUGAACAUAAAAAAUAUAUAGCCAGGGAAUGGGUACCACCUCCUUUACCAAAGGUCAAUUGGGAUAAAGAGCUUGAUGAAGAAGCAGAAAGACAACGUAGGAGGAAAAAGGAAAAUUCUAAAACUUCAAAUAAUCAACCUAUACUUCCACCUGUAAAAAAACCAGAAGUAGUGCCUCAGUUGCCAAAACCUAAAAGUUCUGUUAGUCCUAAACCUAAUAGAGCAAAUAAUUCUGCAACUCUAGACCUAUUGGGCUUAGAUGCUCCAGCACAAAAUCAAACAAGUGUAAAUGGUGCUGGAGAUGAUAUAUUUUCCUCCUUUUUAUCUGCACCUCCAGCUUCAGUAGCUUCAACAAGUAAUAGUACUUCUAAUACAACUACAAAUGCAUCAACAACAAUCAGUAAAAGUGAAGAAGAAAGUUUUUUCGAUCAACCAGCACCAUCACCUCAAGAAAAAAAUAAAAUGUCCAAAGACAGUAUUUUAGCCUUGUAUGGUACACCAAGUAAUCAACAAUCAGCAAUGUUUGCAGUUCCUGGUGGAAUGUAUGCUCAACAAUCUACCGUUCAGUAUAAUCAAAUACCAACUGUAGUACCAUUUGGUCAACAAACUAAUUUUCCAAAUCAACAAAGUUCCUUGACUCAACUUCCCACCCAGAUGUCUGUUACACCUAAUCAACUACCUAUCACUCAGAAUCAAAUUACAGUGAAUUCUACUUCAUUAGGACCAGUGGCAUCAAAUACUUUAGGGAACUGUUUACAUGUAGGCCAGAUAAAUCAGAUGAAUGGUGUACCUAACCCUGCCAUUACAAUGCAAUCCCAGAUGGUGAUGCAAUUAGGACAGUCUAAUAUUAAUAGUAAUAAUGGUUGGAGUGGAAUGUUAACACAGAAUCUUCAACCAGCUCCUGGUAGCAAUCCUUUUUUCAAUUUAACGUCUCAACAACAGCAACAAUCUGUUACAUUUGGCCCACAGUUACCGCAACAAAUGGCGCAACUUUCUUUAGGUGGCACGAAUUUUUCAAGUACUCCAGGGAAAUCUGCUGCUACAACUACACUUCCUGGACAAACACUUUCCACCAAUUUAUGGCAGUAAAAAUCUUAUGGAUAUUAUUAGUUGAUUGAUUAUUCCAUUCAGUGUUGUACACUAGUGUCGAAUGUUUGUUACCCAACAUGAUUAAAUUUCCAUAUUAGUUUGGAAAUCUCUGGGAUAUAACACAAGAAAGACACAAAUGAAGAGUACUCGAAUACUGUCAUUUUUGAAAAUUAAUUCGUGAAUGCAUACAGUAUUUUGAGCCUAAAAGGUUUUUCUUCUAAAGCUUUGCUAGCUUUCAACGUAAUUGUUGGAAAAGUGGGAACUACAAAUAAAAACGAAUUUUUGACUGAUUAUAAAGAGUUGUUCAUGACGUACAGUAUAUAUGUAUUUGACAAUGUAAUUGUAUUAUUUGCUAAAAAUGGGUGCUUUUGUAUUCACGAUGAAUGUAUGUCAGGGUCCACCUUCAUUAUAGCAAACGAUUUCAUUAUACUUAAACAAGUACAAGCAUCUUUAGUACGAUAAGCAUAGUUUGCGAUAUAGUUCAUUUUUACCCCGAAACAUAAAGGAAAAUCAGAUAUAUAACAGUUUUCACGGACUGUUAAAGUUCUUUGAUAAAUUAUAUAUCAAAGGCUAAUUUACUUAAACCGUGACUUUUCUCGUUUCAAAAGCAGACUUAUUUUCUAGCAUAAUGUUGCAAUGUUUGUACGUAAUCGAAAUGUAUUGAAUGGUUUAAAAUUUGUUUACUAUGUUUAUGUGCUAUUAAUACUGAUUUUUGUAACAACUGGAAAAAAUAUGUCUUGUGUUUUAAAGAGUUAGCGAUAUUGUUACUAUUUCAGUAGUGUGUUGCUUGGAGCGCUAAACUGCAACGUUGAUUGUAGAUUAAGGAACAUUUUAGACCUUAAUAUUCUUUAGCAAGUAUUAUUAAUACGUCUUGUCAAAAUGUAUUUAGUGUUUUUGUUAAUAUCUAAUGGCGGAGACUUAACAAACUAAACAUAUUGUCUACACCUUGAUUCUUAUAGCAUACAUGAAAUACUACAAAAACGUACUAUUUUAAAUUUUAUGCAUUUAGAACUAAAUUUUAAUUACGAUUGAUUGUUUGAUGAGAAUUAAAAUUCUAUGUAAAACAGGUUUGGAUGUUUACCUGUUGAAAAAUUAUGUAAUUUAUUACUGUACAAUAUGAUAAAUAUUGAAACUUGACAAUAAGUUCUAAACAUAUUAUCCGUCACAGUCAUGUUUUAUUGAAUUGAAUUUUUAUCUUAUCAAGUAAUACGUGAUCAUGUAGUUGAAGAAAAGAUGCAUGAUACAAAUGUAAAAAGAUUUUUUUAUGUAAUUUUAUAAAUAAUUAUGAACUAUCAUACAAUCUAAAUUAAUUAGGACUUGUGACUUACUGUUGCAUCGAGAAAAAUUAACAUAUUGUAAAACUGAUAUAAGUACAAAUACACGUUGUCAAAAUAUAGAAAAAAAAAUGUAUAAUGUAUAAUUUAUAAAACUUCAAUAACAAUUGAGCAAUCAAUCAAUCUUUAAAUGUUUUCAAUCCUAUGAUAACUAAAUGAAAUAAUAAUAUUAAGCAAUACUUAUAACAUUUUCGUUAUUAUUUUUAAAUUACAUGUGGUAACAUUGAAAACAUAUUUAAAUUCAAAACGCCAUCUACGUAUUAUACAUUAGUAGAUAGAUCACAUUAAUUAUUUAUGUUUAAGACAAUCAAAUAAUUCUUAUCUUUACAAAAUACACGUUCUAUAUCACUAACUAUAUAGUUAUAUUUUUUUACAUUAACCAUAUCAUUUAAAAUUUUCUAAAUUAAAUUUAAUGAUACUACUGGAGAAGCUUGCCGGAAGUUGCCAUCUUUACUGGACUGCGAAGAGGGAGAAAUUCCUUCAUUUGCGUGAAACCUCUCUUCGGUAUCGCAUGAAAGCCACGUGAGAGAAUCAUGGAUAAACCAGUGGUUUUGGCUCGUGUCAUAAAAGUCCUAGGAAGAACUGGCUCACAAGGGCAAUGUACGCAAGUAAAAGUUGAAUUUCUUGGUGAGCAAAAUCGUCAAAUUAUCCGAAACGUGAAAGGCCCUGUACGAGAAGGUGAUUUAUUAACCUUGCUGGAAUCUGAACGUGAAGCAAGAAGACUUCGAUAAGCACAUAAGGAAAAUGAAUUGCCAGCACGUGAAAGUCACCAACAGUGUCUGGACUCAAACGAUACAAUUCAUUCCAUCAACAAAAUUGGGACGAUCCAACUACUCCAAUAGCACGAGCCGCCUUGUUUCAAAAAAUCACUGUCAAUGAAGAUGUUUCCAAUUUUUGUAAUAAAUACUGGCUAAUAUUUGAUUGAAUA